AAUGAAAGUAAACAAUAUACUAAUAUUAAAAAAUCGAGAAGAUUUAUAUACUAGACGCCAAUAAGCAAUUUUUAGCAAGUUAGCAAAAGAGAAGAAGGCUAUUGAUGCCAAAUAGACUUAAAGAGUCAAUAAGAUGCUUUAAAUAAGCUUUAUGGAUAUUGAAAAUUUUACUAAUGUUAGUCAAUCCUACGAAUUCAAUAGACAUAAAGAUGCAAAAAGUUUAAAUUCUAAUAGAGAUCAUUCUAUUUCAAAAAGUAGAUAUUCAAAUCAAGUUUUUCUUAAUAAACUUGAUCUAACUCCUAGAAUUGAUAGUUGUAAUUACUGGUAUGAUUUGUAAUACAUUUGAGGGCAAAAAUUGUUUAUAAGUAGAGUAAACACGAUGCAGAUAAAAAUUUUAAGUAUUUAUGAAUAAAUCAAUUUUAUAUUUGAGCUAUUUUUUAUUUCAAAUUAUUUAAAUUAACAAAAUAAUGAGGCUCAAUAAUAUUAUGAAACUUGCAUUGACUGUUUCUCUGCUAAUCAUUUUUGUGCUAACAGCUUAUUAUUACUGGAAUAAUUCUGAAGAUUGUAAUUUAUACACUAAAUUAGAUGUCUCUAAUAUUUUUCCACCCUAGGUUGAUAAUGAUUUAUCAUUUUUUUCAUAAAGUGUCUGCCAACGUGUCAAAAACACAGAGUUAUUUUAGGGGUGGAAGAAAAUAAAUGAAUAGGCUCUUUAAUUGAACGAGAGAUAUUCUACAGAAUUAUUGAAAAAAGCCGCCUUUGUUAUUGAAUAACUAAAAAAGAACCAAUAAAUAUAUACUUAAUCUUAAGGUUGAUAUAUAAGUACUUAAAUAUAGGUGAGGGCUAAUAAUUUUAGUAUUACUAAAAAAAUCUAAAAGAGUGUGUAAAUCGAACUAAAAUUUCUAAAUUGGAGUUGGAAGAGAUAAAAAAUAAAACCAAUCAAAUUUUGGAAUAAGAAAACUCUGAAAUUAAGAAAAUAAAUGAAAACAUAUCUGUACACUAAAAUGGAGUAAUAAAAAUAUUUAUCAUUAGUUAAAAGACUUGAAUAAUUUACAUAGUGAGAAGAGAAUUCAAUUGAAUAUUGUAAUAGAAACCUUGAAAGGCUUGAUAGAUCAAAAAGAAAGGCUUCGUAGAAGUUAUAAGAAUGAAAAAGAAUUAAAGGAUUAUUAAAAAGAAUUAGAAUAUGAUAUCAAUAAAAUCAGUGAUAUAAUGACAUAAUAAGAACUUAAUAUCUCAAUUUUCAAAUCAAGGAUUGAAGAGUAGGAAAGCAAAGUUUAUAAAAUUACUAAACGAUUUGAGGUUGUGAAUAAUUAACUUCAAGAUCUUAAAUCUGUAAAAAUUGUUACUAAUUUUUCAGUUAGAAUAAUAUUUUCGUUAAGAUGAUCUCUACAUAAAAGAAGAUGUACCUAUUGUCUAAGUCUUUUCUGAAUACUCUAAUACAUUAAAGGACAGAGCAGAAAACUUGAAAAUCUUAGCUUAAAAAGAAAAGGAUCCAAUUUAAAGACAAAAAAAUCUUGAGGCUUUAACUGAGAUAUAGAAGGCAUUAUAGAUUUCAUCCUAAAUGUAUAAUAGUUUGCUUGAGAUUAAACUUGAAUGUAAUUAAGAUGAUUGCACCAUUGGAACAACAUUAGAAAAUCUAAAAUUAUCUGAUUUAAAAGAAGAAAUCUAAAAAAAAUAAAGUAAUUCUAUAUCUAAUUAUAGCCUAUUAUAAUCAAAUCUACACAGAAAAAUAAUCUAUGGAAUUUAGUUUGUAGCAAUUAAUGUAACAAUUAGAUAAUGAAAAUUCAGCUUACAUGAUCAAUAAAUAAAAAUUAAAUAAACUUAUUGAAAAUUAAAAUUUACUUAAUAAAACUAAAAAUCAAUCAGAAGAACUAUCAAAAUUAACUAUAAAAAUAAAUUAAUUGGAAUAAGAAAAAAAUUAACUUUAAGAAGAAGUUGAAAAAUUACUCAAUUAAGCAAAUGAUUAAUAACAUUAGAUAGAUGCAGAAUUUGAAAAAGUCAAUGAUAAAAAGAAAAGAGUAGAAACUUUAUAAGUUGAUAGAAAUUUAUCAAUUAAUGAAAAACAUUAGGAACUUUAUAAAUAAGUUAAAGAAUGUAUUAAGUAAAAAAAAAUAUAUGAUAAUUUUGUUCAAAAAUAAUCCAAUUUGAUAGAGAAAGCUAAUGAAAUCAAAGCAGUUGUUCAAACUGAAGUUAGAUAAAUAGAAUCGAUGCUGAAUGAAUACAAAAUUACUUAUUAAGAUUUGAACCUUCAAUCAAAUAAUGAUUAUGAAAGGAAACAAGAUUUAUGA